AUGGUCAUCCCUUUAUGCCGAACGUAAUUUUUUAAAUGAAAUUUGAAUCCAUAUCUUUCUGUCCAAAGGAUAUGAUCCAGUAUUGAAAAAUCAGUAUAUUCAUAUCAGAAGCUACAAACCACAUCCAAAUCUGAAAAUUGCAGAUAACUGCCGUGUAAAUUUUCCCGAUAACCGAUUUCCUCCUCGUCGUUACGAAUUUUAUGUGUAGUUGUGCCAGUUUGAAUCUGAAUAUGUGGUUUCUUCUUGAUUUUUUGUGAAAUUUUCAGUAUAACUUUACAACGAAAUGUUUUCGAUGAAGACUGUUGUGUUGAUUCUUCUCAUAGUGUUUUGUUCUGACGUGAUAAAUUGUGCGAAAAUACUGGGGAUAUUCAUGGGUUUAGGCAGAAAUCAUUAUAUUUUAGGGAAGUCUUUCAUGACUAAUUUAGUGCAAGCUGGUCAUGACUGCGUGCUCAUAAGCAGAUAUAGUGAUGAAACAAACAAUGGUGUACAUUUCAAGGAAGUGAUUGUUCGUAAUGAUGAAAGCACUGAUGCUCUCUUCAAAGCCACAGAAGAAACGAAUCACAAUCCGUUCUUCGCCAUACACAGAAUCCACGAAUAUUCCAAAGGCAUCAUACCAAGGGUCUUCGAGGAACGGGGGGUCAAACAGCUGCUGAACCACAACUUCGACGUGGUCGUCAUCGAAGAAGUCUUCGCGGACGCCCUAAAAGUGCUCGCUUGGCAUUUCAAAGCGCACCUCGUCAUUUUCCACCCACACAGGGCUAAUUUUUGGGUCAACGAUUACUUGGGAAAUCCUUGUCUUCCAACUUUCGUCACUGAAUACCCUGCGACGUUCUCAAUAUCUAAAAACUUUUUGGAGAGAUCGUUGAAUCUUGCUCUGUACCUUUACGAAAAGUUAUACAAGGAGUUUGUCGUUCUGAAGGAACAUAGAAACGUGACUAGUGCACACUUUCCCGAAGCUCCGGAUUUGUCGGAUAUAAUCUAUAACACAACCCUGGCGUUUUUGAAUUCCGACGUUGCCGUUUAUCAAUUCGUACCGACGUUACCGAACAUGGUAGAUAUUGGAGGUUUUCACAUUGAUGUUCCAGGAAGGCUGCCCGUUGAAGUUCAAGCAUUCUUCGAUGGUUCUAAAAAAGGGGUGGUUUAUAUCGAUUUGGAUUUCCUGACAAGUAGCUAUCUGUCCGAAGAAACACGUGACUGGAUGGUCGAGGUACUUUCCGAAUUUGAAUAUGAUUUUUUGUGGGUAUGGGAUGAGCAGGCGAUUCCGAACCAACCGGCAAAUCUAAGAUUUCAAGAUCCGCUGAAACUAGGAAAUGUUUUAGUGCAUCCGAAUACGAAACUUUUCGUCCAUCUUGGAAACACCAAAGAUAUAAUAGAGAGCCUGUACUACGGCGUUCCACAACUAUUGAUUCCAGUUUUGGAUGAUCAACUGUACGAUACCUCACAAGCGCAGUAUCACGGAUACGCGAGGACAUUACCUUUUCAAUCCUUGACUAAAAGCAAUUUUCGUUCCUCCCUCCAGGAGCUUCUGAAUAAUGUCAGGUACGAAGACGAAAGUAAAAGAAGAUCGAAAAUACUAAAAGAAAAGCCAAUUUCAGCGAAAAAAGCGGUGGUAUUUUGGAUUGAUAAUGUCUUGAAAACAAAGGGUGCGGCUUAUAUGAGAGCAGAUUCCUUGGAUUAUUCUUGGUAUCAAUUAUACAUGAUAGAUGUCAUUGGAUUUUUCAUAGGAUCGUUCGUUAUUGUAAUUGCAUUUGUGAUAAUUAUUUUUGUGAAAAUUUGGAGAAUAUGUUGUUGUCGUUCUAAGAGAAAGAGUAAUAAAAAUAAAAUCUAUAAUUCAUUAAGUUAUAUUGCAGAGUGAAACUAGUGAAAGGCACUAAGCUAAUGAUUUAAGAAUAAGUAAAAUAAAACAUUUUAUACAACAAUAAUGUUUGAUUGUUUCAUCACAGUAAAUAUGCGAUCUCGAAUUCA